AUGGAAGAAACCGGUUUCCUCCGGUUUCCGGGAAACCUAGACCCGAGAGCACAAGAGUUCAGGCCUACACAUAAUAACCUUCAAAAUUUCACACCAAAAUUUCCCACUUUUGUACCUCCACCACCGCCACCACUGCCGCUAUCUCAGCUUCCGCACCAAGUAUACUACACCUACACCCCUCAAGCGGUGCCGUUUGGCGACUUUGUAGGUCUCACUCCGUAUCAUCAUCAUGUACCUCCGGCGUACCUGAGCGUGGGUCCUCCUCUCCCCCUUCCUCCUUCUGGCGCGCCAACUCGGACUCUGGUACUGAGUUCAGUGCCGAGCGACGUGAGCGAGACUUUGAUUAGGAGAGAAUUGGAGGUGUUUGGAGAAGUUAGAGGGGUCCAAAUGGAAAGAGUUGAUGAUGGGAUUGUGACCGUUCAUUUCUACGAUCUAAGACAUGCAGAGAGAGCCCUGAGGGAGAUACGAGAGCAGCACAUGCUGAAUCAAGCCAGGCUAAGGAACCUCUUUAUCCAAGAUUCUGAGAGCUUGAGCUUCAAUGUUGCACCACCACCGCCACUACAACCACCACCGGCGCGUGGUUUAAUAGCGGGUUGUGUGGUUUGGGCCCAGUUCAUUAUUCCGUCGUGUAACGCGGUGCCGGAUGGGAAAAAUCAAGGGACUCUUGUGGUCUUCAAUUUGGACCCCAAUGUUUCUACCAGAUGCCUCAAAGAAAUUUUCCAAGCUUUUGGCGCUGUUAAGGAAUUGAGAGAGACGCCUUUGAAGAGGCACCAAAGGUUUGUGGAGUUCUAUGAUGUAAGAGAUGCAGCAAAGGCACAUAGAGAGAUGAACGGAAAGGAAAUUUAUGGGAAGCAAGUUGAUAUUGAAUUUAGUCGUCCUGGUGGGUAUGGAAAGAAGUUUUUCAAUGCCAGAACCACUUCCAAAAAUUCCUUCACUACUCCUGUCAUUAACUCCCCAACAAACCUUCACCAUUCCAACAUCUCAACUUAUGUGUCGCCACAACCUCCACCGUCAACAUCGUUGCUUCGUACAUUCCCCUCCGGCUGCUCAUCUCCGAAUAUCUCUCCUCGUGCAUGUCGUACUGAAACUCAUUCCUCAGCUGGAAAGAAACCGUCUAGUAAUCCUAGCAAAGGAAACCCUAAUGAUGCUUCAAUUGAAGCUUCAUUGGGGUGUUUGUCAUUGGGUGUUGGUGGUGCAGUUGGAGAUGUAAUUGUUGAGAAGGUUGCUGCUGAUCAUGGCCCUCCAAAGAGAAGUUCAAAAAAGAGCCAAAAUUGUCAGUCCUUCACGACUACAAAGCACCAACAGAAGGGUGCCAAGUCAUGGAAGGGAUCAAGGCAAGCGAAGAAGUUUGAUACGCGUUUUCUUAUAAGUGAUGAUUCCAUGGCGGAAACCAACGGUAGUGAUCCCAGGACCACUGUCAUGAUCAAGAACAUACCCAAUAAGUACAGUCAGAAGCUGUUGUUGAAUAUGCUGGACAAUCACUGCAUACACUGCAACGAGCAGCUUGCGGAUGGGGAUGACCAGCCCUUCAACAAAUGCAACGUGGGGUAUGGGUUCGUGAAUAUGACGUCUCCACGGGCAGCUUGGAGGCUCUAUAAGGCCUUCCACAAUCAACAUUGGGAGGUCUUCAACUCUAGAAAAAUAUGUGCAGUCACUUAUGCUAGAGUUCAGGGGUUGGAAGCGUUGAAGGAGCACUUCAAGAACUCAAAGUUCCCAUGCGAGAUAGACCACUAUCUGCCAGUUGUUUUUUCUCCUCCUCGAGACGGGAGACUACAGACGGAGCCUCUCCCCAUUAUUGGCCACGAGCAAGAUCAACAGCCCAUCAAUAUUAUUCUUGGUCACCCCAUCACAUGCACCCACCAUGAGAUUGACGGUAUAGAUCAUGAUGGCCUCAAUAUCAAGUGCUAUAGCAGUAUCAGCAGCAGCAGCCUAAACGGCGGCGAUAUUGGUGAUGAUGGCAAAGACAGUAGUAGUGGCAGCAGCUAG